AUGGAGGCGCCACAAACGACACCCAGCGUGUGGGUAUUCGGGUACGGUUCCCUGUGCUGGUAUCCGGGUUUUGAGUACUCCGAAUGCAUUACCGGAUACAUACGUGGGUACGUGCGCCGGUUCUGGCAGGGCAAUGUGACGCACCGUGGGACGAUAGAGAAGCCUGGUCGCGUGGCCACCUUAAUCGAGGACAAAGAGGGUAUUACAUGGGGCUGUGCAUUUAGGGUGACCGGAAGUCAUGCACUGGACUAUCUGCGGCAGCGCGAGUGCACCCUUGGCGGGUACGUGACGGAGUACAUAAAGUUCUACCCGCGGCUUGCAAGUGAACAGUCCGGCAUUAGUGGAGAAGCAUUUCCGGCGCUCGUGUACAUCGCAACGCCCAAGAACGAGCACUGGGUUGGUGAGGAACCGUUGCUGGUGACGGCACGCCAGAUUGUCGAGUGCCGCGGUCCGAGCGGACAUAACGUGGAGUACCUGGUGCGGUUGGCCAUGUUCAUGCGUGAUGAACUGCCGGGCGCGUCGGAUGAGCAUUUGUUCGAACUGGAAGGCUUGGUCCGGCGGUUUGUGGCGGAAGCGAAUGUAAAUCUCGAGCUGCUGCUGGUCGGAAGCGUUACACCUCACCGGAUACGGCGCGAUACGCAUGAGGAGGUGCGGCGCCAUGUUACGUUCGAGUUUGCCUCUCGGGUGCCCGAUACGAAGCUUCGCUGUUUGCAUAUUUAAGGUGUCCCGAG